GGUAUCACCGACUCGAUUGAGUACACUCCGGGAGAUGGUGAUGGACAGGGAGGCCUGGCAUGCUGCGAUUCAUGGGGUCGCAAAGAUUCGGACACGAAUGAGCCACUUAACUGAACUGAAAACAUCCCGAAACACUUAGGGGACACACUUAAAUCUGGGCAUAAACUUGGCUACGUUGCCCUCGCCUACUUGCAGGCCUUCGAACCCGCCACCAGGCUCUACAUAACAGCUGGAGAGGAGAACGAAAGCCACCUGUGCAGCAGGAGCUUAUACGGAGUCACCAGCGCUGAGAGGGCCCAGGAAGGCUAAGAAACGCGCAGUGUGAACGGCUUACAUCCAAAUCCAUGCCUGCAGGCAUCUCAAAAUUCAGGUCUUCCUCGUCACACGGUUUCCAAAAAGUAAUGAAUGGUCUCUGAAAUACAGCUUCUCACACUAUCCAGCGAAGUCUAGAAGAAGCCUUUCCUGCAGAGGCCGGAAGGAAACCCCAGCGUCUGCUUUUGCGCAAGCGUAAACCGACUUCUCCCACAAGCCUCCUCGGCUCGGAAGCGGUGGGAGGGGCAUCCUCUGCGCAUGCGCCGGGCUCCCGGCUGUCAUGCGCACGCGUUAUUCCUUACGCAGCUGUUUGGAGCGUCGGCGGCAGGUGUGGGCGUUAAGAAAUCGUGUGUAUGCAGGUUUUUGCUUAGCUUCUGAAAUCUUGUUUAAAGCGGCGAUUAUUCAUGCUCAAAGUAGAGUGCCUAAAGUCAGGCAGGUAAGGGUACUCAGAUAUUUCGGAGCUGGGGGAGAAGCAGUGAAAAAUAUUUUCUGUAGAUCCCCCCCCACCCCACCGCUUGCUGCUUUGAAGCGCGUUAUAUAGUCACAAAACACCCAGCAUUAAUACCUUACUUGCCGACAGCGCACGGAACUGUUUUAAUAGUAUUUUUAAAGUAUUUGUUUACAGAAGAAGCAGCGAGGAAAAAGUGAAGUGGUCCAAGCUGUGCUGCUGAACCAGUCGAUAUCGUUGUUUAAAAACGAUCCAGAAAUUAGUCACUGAAAGGCCUUUUUUGUUUUUGAGUCCGAUGUUUUUUAUCUUCAUUUUGCUGUAUACAAAGCCAAAAUACGGACUGCUUGGUUCAAGACCGGACAUCUAGCCAACGUACCGACUUCGAGUUUCAGAGUCAUGACUACAGAACAGUCAGGAAAUGCGAAAGCAGAGCCGGCCCUUCCUUCGUCUGCCAAUCAGAGCAAGCCAGUGUCUGAAAAACCAAACUACGCUCUGAAAUUCACUCUGGAGGGACAUACGGAAGCAGUAUCAUCAGUUAAGUUUAGUCCUAAUGGAGAAUGGCUAGCAAGUUCUUCUGCUGAUAAAGUCAUUAUAAUUUGGGGAGCCUAUGAUGGAAAAUAUGAGAAAACACUUAAAGGACACAGUCUUGAAAUAUCAGAUGUUGCCUGGUCAUCAGAUUCUAGUCGUCUUGUUUCUGCCUCAGAUGAUAAAACUCUAAAAAUUUGGGAUGUGAGAUCUGGAAAAUGUUUGAAAACACUUAAGGGGCACAGUAAUUACGUUUUUUGCUGUAAUUUCAAUCCACCGUCCAACCUCAUCAUUUCAGGAUCUUUUGAUGAAAGCGUGAAAAUAUGGGAGGUGAGAACAGGCAAGUGCCUUAAGACUUUGUCAGCUCAUUCUGACCCAGUUUCUGCUGUCCAUUUUAAUUGUAGUGGGUCCUUGAUAGUAUCAGGUAGCUAUGAUGGUGUCUGUCGAAUCUGGGAUGCUGCAUCAGGUCAGUGUUUAAAAGCACUUGUUGAUGAUGAUAACCCUCCUGUCUCUUUUGUAAAAUUUUCUCCAAAUGGUAAAUAUAUUCUCAUUGCAACUUUGGACAAUACUCUUAAACUAUGGGAUUACAGCAGAGGCAGAUGCCUGAAGACAUAUACUGGUCACAAGAAUGAGAAAUACUGUGUAUUUGCCAGUUUUUCAGUUACUGGUGGAAAAUGGAUUGUCUCUGGUUCAGAGGAUAACCUGGUAUACAUUUGGAACCUUCAAACUAAGGAGAUUGUACAGAAAUUACAAGGUCAUACAGAUGUGGUAAUCUCAGCAGCUUGUCAUCCUACAGAAAACAUCAUUGCUUCAGCAGCAUUAGGAAAUGACAAAACAGUUAAAUUGUGGACGAGUACUUACUAAACCCUUUAGAAAUCAAGUGGUAGAGUCAAACUGGCCAAAAAAAGGCUUCAUUUAACCUAGAUCAAACUGUGGUGUUGGAGAAGACUCUUGAGGGUCCCUUGGACUGCAAGGAGAUCCAACCAGUCCAUCCUAAAGGAGAUCAGUCCUGGGUGUUCACUGGAAGGACUGAUGUUGAAGCUGAAAC